AUGCCCAGCUUACAAUGCAUCAUACUGUCAUUCUUGGCCACUUUCAGUUCAUUUACAACAGCAGUACCCUUGAAAGCACAUCAAGGUAGCGUGCAAGAUAUCAUUAUCAACAAGGAUAACACCAUAAAUGGCACAAAUACUCCAUCUGUGCCGCUAUCGGGGUUCUCUGCCGGUGCUCCUCUUGACAUAUCCAUAGUGAACAACAAGAGUGGAAGCGGUUCCCUAAAUGCAUACAUCACAGGGCGCGAUUCCACAGGCGCCGUGGUGUUCCUGUCGCCGUCGGGAGACUGGUACUACCCGGACCCCGAAGGAAGCACGUCACCAAUGGAGAUAUUCGAAGACAUGGCAUUGCCGCUCAGUGGGUUCGGAGGCUCCAGAACCUUCACCCUGCCGGGAUACAUCACGGCAGCCCGGAUAUGGAUCGCAGAGGGCGGGCUCAACUUUUACGCCCUCGCCUCCGACGGCACGCAGCUGGUCGAGCCUUCCUUCGCAAACCCUGCAGACCCGUCGGCCAUGGUGGACUGGGGCUUCGUGGAGCUGACCUACACCGCCGACGGCAUCUGGGCCAACCUCUCCUUCGUCGACUUCGUCAGCAUGGUCUUGGGCAUGAAUCUGAGGUUGGGGAGCGGCGAGGUGCAGGCCCGCAAGGGCCUCAAGGCCGGUGCCGUGGAGAGCAUCUGCAAGGCGCUCAACGCGCAGACCGCCGUCGAUGGCCAGCCCUGGGGCGACAUGUGCAUCACUGAUGGUUCCGGCAAUCCCCUCAGGAUCCUGGCGCCUAAUAUGUAUGCCCGUAUCAACGGUACAGCCUUCCAGGACUACUUUGAUGAUUACAUCGAACAAGUUUGGUCACACUACACAACCCACAACCUGACCAUUGACACCCAAUCCGGCCCGGGUCUGGUCAACUGCCACGUCGAGGGCGGCUACAACCUGUUCUGCGACGGCGACAACCGAAGCUACUGCAAACCCUCGGCGGCGGACAUCUUCGGUUGCAACUCGGGACCGUUCGCUCUUAUUGACGGCGACAACGACGUCCACCAGGCCGUUGUGCCGCGCCUCUGCGCCGCCUUCAACCGCGGCACGCUCCUAGGGGCCGGCGGGAACGUGCAGCCGUCACUGGGCAGCGAUUCCUACUACCAAACAAGCCCGAACAACCACUACUCGCGCAUCGUACAUCAGUAUGAGGCGGAUGGCCUGGGUUAUGCGUUCUCCUAUGAUGACGUAAAUCCGAGUGGAGAGAAUGAGGCGGGUCUCGUUGCUGGACCGGAUCCGAAGUUGCUUGAGAUUGUCAUCGGGGGCUCUUCGUAG